CUGAGAAGCUUCUCACGUGGAGGAGCAGGCUCGACGGAGAAAGAGAGCUCACUGGUUGAGCCCGGACAGGAUUCGCCGGAAAUUCGCAAGGUUGCUGCUGGUCGUGGUGGUUCACGACAAAGGGCGGAGCGACGGUGGCUGGCAUCUCGCGAGCGGGUGGUGAACGGACACCGGCGGGGAUGCUCGUGGAAAGAGGUUCAGCGGCUGCUUCUUUCGUCUGUGGAUCUCGCUGGUCGGUCAUACAGUGGCAGAGGAGGCGGUGAAGGGUCGUCGACGGUGGCUGGGAUUUUUUUAUGGAGGCUCGACGAAAACUGUAAUUGGAACAGGGCUCGUCUGCUCGACGGCGGAGGGCUGCGUUCUCGGUUUGACCGGUGA